AUGGAAAAUUCCAACAUAUUUAGCGAAAAGAUUAAUGAAUUUUUAAAAAAAAAAAAAAUAAGAGAAAAUAAAUUAGUUAAUGAUAAAGAAAAAAAAGAAAAAAAAUAUGAUAUAAAUAAUUUUAAAGUAUAUUUAACCAACGAGCUAAAUAAAAAUAGUGUACAUUUAAUUUUACAAAAUGAAAAAAAAGACGAUAAUAAAUACCAGGUUGUUGAACAUAUAAUACAACAAAAUAAAAAAGAUAAUAAUAUAAAAACUAGUAAAACUGAAAACAUUGAUGAAAUAAUCCCAAAAAGUUUUGCUAACUCUUCUAUUUUAAAAAUAAAAAAUACCAAAUUAAAAAUUAAUAAAUAUUUAGAUAAAUGCCAUAAUAUAUCCACCGAAAAGUUAAAAAAUUAUUAUAUUUGUGUAAAUAAAAUAAUAGAUGAAAUCAAAGAAGAGGCAUUAAUUCGAACAAAUUUAUUACAAAAAGAUCUAGAAGCUUCAAAUCAUUUAAUCGACAAAUAUAUUCAAAACUCAAUAACCAUAAAAUGGAAUAAUCCAAAAGUUGAUAUUCAAAGACUUCAAAACAAAAAAGAUAAUUAUAAAGUUGCAAUAGAAUAUUAUGAAAAUAUUUUUUUAUUUUAUUUAAACAAAAAUUUUAUAACAAACACGAAUAACACUCUCAACAAUCCACUGACAAAUAAAAGUAACAGCAAUUGUAGCAAUAAAUCUAACGAAAUUGAAAAUGAAUCUAAGAUACAAUGUAGCUCCUAUUAUUUAUGCUCAGAAUCAAUAAAUUUUCAAAUAAUAAAAGAAAUAAAAAUGCAUCUAACUCAACGAAUAGAAGAUAUCUCAAAUAAUUGGAUUUUGGUUGAAAAUAUAUUUACUAAAUUAAAUGAAAAUAUUAAUAAAUUCAUUUUAUUUUUUGAAAAAAAAUAUGAAGAUUCGAAAAAAAAUAUAAAUAAAAAGAUACAAGAAUUAGAAAACCAAUUAAAAGAAACAAUAUAUUUUACUAAUAAUGAAAUAAAUGUUUUAAUUGAUGAUGAAAAUGAAAAAAAUAAUAUAUUAAUCGAACUUUUGAAUUAUUUUAAUGAUUAUAUAUUACAAAUAUAUAAAUAUAUAUAUAAUAAAUAUAUAGAAUGCGAAAAUAUUUUUUAUAAUAUUCUUUAUGAGCAUAAUUAUGAUGAUAAUUGUUAUGUCUAUUUGUCUAUUUCUGAAAAUUAUAUAAAUAAUUUAAAAAAUGAAAAGUUUUUAAAGAAUAUAAUUAAUAUGUUUGAAAAUAAUUAUAUAAAUAUAUAUAAUGACAGAGUAAAUAAAAUCAAAAAAGACGAAUAUUUUGUAAAUUUUUUUAUUCUAGAAAAUUCUCAAGAUUUCUUUAUCCCUUUUAAUCAAUAUUAUGAAAAUUAUAUGAACAAAUAUGAACAGAUAGAACAUCUCCUAAUUAGUUAUAAAAAUGUUAUCCUCAAUUUAUUUUUUGAUUUUACCAAUUUUAUCAACAUUAUAAAAAAUAAUACUAAAAAAAAAGAAGCGGUAGAAAAAGACCAACCCUAUAAUACUCUAUCUAAAUUUAAAAAAAAAGAGGUAGCCAACAAUCUUAUACAUUUUGAUAACAAAAAACUAAAAAGAAAAAUUUAUGAAAAUUAUAUAAGUAAUAUACUAAAUUAUUACAAUGCUAUAAAUUUAAGAGAUGAUUAUUUUUUAUUAACAUUUUUUGAAUUUUUAGAAAAUUUAAAAAGUUGUGUAAUUAUCUCCUAUAUAGAAAUACAAAAAAAUAUAACAGAUCACAACAACUAUUGUAAAAUAGAAAUCAAUAAAUUGAUAACAAAUUUUGAUUUUUUAUAUAAUGAAUACAAAAUUAAUGUUGAAAAAUGUAUGAACUGUACAGAUUAUAUACAACUGAAAGAAUUACACAAAGAAAACCUCGAACUAGCCAAAAAUAUUCGAUUAUUUUUUUGUACUGUUGAAGAAAACGCUAAUUCCAUCAAUAACAAAUUUGUUACACAAUUGAAAGAAAAAUUGGUGGUUUUAUUUUUGUCAAUUUUAAAAAAGGCAAAAAUAAUUUCUACAGACAUACAAGAAGCCAUAAUAAUAGAAAAAAAAAAUAAUUCUCCCCAAAAAAAAAAUUAUGAACAUGCCAGAACAUAUAAUGAUAAUACAGAUUUAAAAGUAGCAAAACAGGAAAAUGAAAAUAAUAAAAAAAUAAUAAAAAAUACAGAAGAAGAUAGUACAAAUGUGAAACAAAUAAGCAUUAAUGAAGAUGAUAAUAUUGUGAUUAAACAACUUAUAGGAGAGGAAAUAAACUACAAAUACAUUUUUGAUUUUACAAGUUUUUUUCAAACGAUUUAUGACAAUUAUAAGAAUAAUAUUAAAAGCUUAUUAUGCUCUAAAAAAUUUAAAUCAAAAAAUAAUUACCCUAUAUACAAAAAAAAUGAAAAGAAUAAGACCCAAGAAAGAAAACACCGAAAAAAAAAAACAUGCAACGUGCAAACGAAUGGGGAUAAGAUAAAGAUAAGUGCCGAUAUUUUGGUAGGAAAUAUGCUUAAGCAAUUUCAAAAAAAAAAAAAUGAAGAACUAGCCAAAAGAGAUCAAGUAGCUGAAAUAGACAAAAAAACAGCAGAAAUUUCUUUCUUAAAUCAAGAUAAAAAUAAUAAAGAAGAAAAUGACAAAAUACCAAUUGCUGAACUAAACUAUGAUAACAUUAUGUACAACAUUCAAAUUUUAAAAAAUAUAUUUGAAGAAUUUUUACAAACAUAUUACACAAAUUUUAAAGGUAUCCUCUUUGAGCAUAUGCUAAAAAUAAAAGAGAAUGCUGAACAAGAAGAAUAUACAAAAUAUUUUGAAAAAAUAUACAAAAAUAAUUAUAUAAAAAUUAUAGAAGAAAAUGAAAAAGCAAUUAGUCAAAUAGCCGAAAAUCUUAAAUAUAAGUUUAUAAAAAACAAAGAAAAAUUUGAGCAUUUUAUAAACAAAUUAAAUAAUUUAAUAAAUGAAUAUACAUAUAUUAUAGACAACCAAAAUGCCGAAGAACCGCUUAUGAAAUCAUUGAAUAAAGUCAACAAAUUAUUUUUAAAAAUGGAAAAAAAGAGUGAAAAAAACUGCAAACGAGAAUAUCAAAAUGAUAAUGAAUAUGGAGAAGAAAAAUAUGAUGUACUUGUUAAAAAUUUCAAAAAUAACUAUAAAUUGUUUCAAGAUAAAUUACAAAAUAUGAUAAAUGAAUUAAAUAAAGAAAUUAAAAAAGUACAAACAUAUUAUGAUAUGGUCAUAAAAAUAAAGGAAAAAAAUAUAGACAUUGAGGAAAUAAAAAAAUGUUUACAAAAUUCGAUAAAUUUCCGUCAAAAUAUUAUAAAAAAAAAAAAUGAUAUUCAAAAUUUAUAUAAUUCAAACAUUUAUAUAUUUAACAAUAAAAUUAAAGCCAUACAAACGAAUAAUUCUACAAUAACACAAGUGCCAAAAAAUACAUUAGCAAGUAAUGAAACAAUUACAUACUUACAUGCCAAAGAAGAAAUUAAAAAUAUUAUUUUGAUAUUUUAUUUUUUACUAUAUCAUAUUAAAAAUUCAAUCCUUAUUACAAAAAUAACCAAACAAAAUAAUUCCCAAUAUGAUGAUACUACUAAACCCGCUUUUCUCAUAAAUACCUUGCCUAGUCAAGUAAAAAAGACAAGCAUUAAAUCGAACGUAAGGGAAGGCAAAAAUGAUAACAAAGAUGAAAUAAAAGUUAAUACACCACAAAAUAAAAAAAUAAUAACUUAUUCUAUUUGUGAUAAUAAAAAAGCAGAUAUAAACACAAAUGAAAUAAAUAUAAAAACCAAGUUUGAACAAAUAGACAAACAUAUAUAUAAUGAACUUAAAAUUUUCCAAAAAAUAAAAAAUAUAUACGAGUUAAGGAUAAGCACGAAUUAUAUUUUAGACAAUAUUUUCCUUUCCACAAAUAUUUCAAAAAACAUCAACAGUCUGCUAUUCUCAAAAAGUGCGAAUGCCCUUAAAGCAGAAAUAGAUUAUGCAAUUACUUUUUCUUUACAAAAUAAUAAAGAUGUCAAAUAUUCUUCAGAAAUAUCUGGAGAUUUUAAGGAAUCAGAAAAAAAAAACGAACCAAGCCUAAAAUUAAUAGACAUAGAAAAUGAUGUAAAAAAAUAUAUAGAAAAUACUUUGACACGAACAAAAUAUAGCAAUUUGAAAUUUUUUUUAUAUACUUGUAUAUAUAUUAUAUGUAUAAUAAUAAAAGCCCUAACACCAUAUAACAAUAACUUUUUUAAAGAAAAUACGGGAGAAUAUAACCAUAUUUUAUUUAUAUAUUAUGACAUUUCUUAUUUAAUAUAUAAAAAUUAUAUAUUACAAAAUGAUGAAAAAAUAAAAAAUAAUAAUUUAAAAGAAUUACAUAUACAAAAAGAUACAAUGUCAUCUUAUAUUUAUUUUACUAAUAAUAUGUUGUAUAAAAUAAAAUUAUUUAAUUUAUAUAAUUUUGAAAAGAAAAUUGUAGAAGAUUUUUUACAUACUCAUUUCUACACUUUAAGUAAAAUCCAAAUUAAUGCAAACAAAGAAAAUCCGAAUUGGAUUAAAAUUCGAAAAGAGUAUAUGGGAGAUGUUUUCACAUUAUCAAUUUAUUUAAAAGUUGUUUCAAAAAAAGUUGCAUAUUUUACAUUUAAAGAAAAUUAUCAACAUCACAUCUAUCUUAGCAGACAACGAAUAGACAUAAUGCAACAAAAUUUUAUGUUAAAAUUUGAAGAAAUAAAUGAGAAAUUAGAAAUAAAAGACAAUAUUCCAGAAAUUAAAUUGAUGAGAAAAAUAGAAUUAUAUAAAUUAUUCAACUUGUAUAUUAUAGGAAUCAAAAAUAUUUUAUCAAAUCAUUUAUAUUCAUUAUAUGAAAACCUAUAUAGUAAUUUUAUUUUUUUCGUGUAUCUUUUAAACAUGUUACCUUGCAAUUCUGGAUUCAAUCAAAACGAACAACAUCAUGAUAUUCCAUAUCAAAAAUAUGACAUAAACUUUGCAAAAAUACGCUUUCAGGAUAAUUCCAUAAAUUAUAACUUAAAUGAUAUUAAAAAAAAAGUAGAAAGUGUAUAUGGAAUUAAUCAUGAAAAAAAAAAAAAAAAAAUCAGUGAUAUUAAAAUAAGCAAUAAUCAAAACAAAGAAUAUUUUCAUAUGCCAUAUAAUAAUGAAAACUCCUAUAUUGUGAAUAAAUUAGAAAAGAAAAUUGAAAAAUAUAUGCAAAAAUUUUAUGCAGAUAUAACAAAAAAGAUGGAUGCAAAGAAAAUAGAAAUAAUCAAAAUAAUUUCAAACGAUAAAAAAAUUAACAGAAAAUAUUAUGAAUAA